AUGCGCGUUCAGGUGCCAGUGCCCGAAACAAGCAUCACGCAAGGGAGCCCAGCAGGCAAACAGCCCAGUCCGCGUCAUUCCUACAGCAAGGCGGACGCCCGGCGGCGACGUAGCAAGUCUGCGAGAUCUGCGACGGCCUCUGGAAGCGAGUUGGCUAGUCCUAUCAUCGACCCAGCCAGAGUUCCGCAGGAACCCGAAUCCGGUGCAUGCAUUUCGCCUGACGACCAGUGUGCCAAAGGUGGAGCGUCGCCACAGGCGUCCCCGCCAAGUUUCUCAGCCGAAGAAAACGACCAGCAGCGACAACAGCCAAGCGUGCCAUUCCCGCAGGCGAAGUCGUCUGACGUUCCGGCUGACGCUCGUGCCAGUUCUCCGGCGGCUAAUUCUGCUCAAUUGCUGUCACGGCCUGACGAGGUACGUUCCCGAAAUCCGGAGGCUGUGAUCUCGAAAACAACUCUACAAGUGCCGAGAAAGUACGACGUCGUCACGAUAAUCUUGAUAACCGUCGCCGUCGGCACUCUCUUCUUUGUCACCGUCUUCCUGGUUGCCUCGAAACACGCCGCCAGGCGCCUGAGACUGUGCCAUACUGAGGACUGCGGCAGCCACGCGGCGCUGCUUAGUCGCGCCUUCGACACGCAGCUCGACCCUUGCGACGACUUCGAGGCAUUCGUCUGCUCGGCGUGGCACGCGUCGGAGACGCGCCGCGAACAGGCCAUGUCGGUCAUGGACGACCUCCGGUUCACCUGGUACGAUCACUUCGAAGACACCCUGACCAGGGGCACGAAGAAGUUUCAAGCCGGAAGGAAGCCGCUCGCCGUGUACCACAUGUGCAGGAACAACUUCCCCACGAACGCUUCGCAGGUGUCGCUGAUUCUCGACUUCCUCGCUCACCACGGGCUCAGCUGGCCGGAGCCGCCUGAGAAGCCACGGCCACCGCUCGCCUUGCUCGUCACGCUCAGCUACAAGUGGGAGUCGCCGUACUGGAUAACGGUCCGUCUUCUGGAGCCUUCCGCCAGCGGCAACCGGCGCGUACAAGUCACUCCGGGCCUCUACCUUCCCAUCCUUCGCAAUAACUACUACGCCAUCACAGCGGCGUACUAUCGGUACUGGCAGAUGUUCCUAGAGCUCAUAUACCCGGACCCCGAUAAGCGGCCCGCGAUUAACACAACGGUCGUGAACGACAUUCGAGCCCUGGAGGAGGACGUGCUCGACAGCCUGCACACCGCGGCCGAGUCGCCUCGAAAGAGGCCCGCUACGUUUCCCUUCAGCGAAAUCGGCACCCACGUUCCGAACACGUCCGCCGUUGAGUGGGCCGAGGCCUUCCAGGCCGGCAUGUCGCUACAACCGAAUCUGACCGUCGACGACGAGAUCGUCGCUACCGACGUCGCGUUUCUCGGUGCGGUCUCCAGGCUCCUGUCCAAGUACGGCCCGCUGAAGUUGAACCAGCACCUGACGUGGCUGAUAAUGCAGAACUGCCCACCCGCGACGGAUUACGCUUUCCUCUUGGGCUAUUACGGCAGCGAAGAGAAAGCCGCAGCGCACGCGUCUUCGCAUUGCGCGCAUAAAGUGGAAACUUUGUAUAAGGUCCUCCUCCUCGCUCUCGGCCUUUUCACCCGGUUAACCGACCUAGACCGAAAAGUAAUCGAAGCCGGCUUCAACUCUCUCAUUUCGGCCGCGUCGGGAAGCAUCCGAAACUCCCGCUGGAUGGACGAUCGAAGCAAGGCGCAUGCGGUCCGCAAGCUGGACUCCGUGAGGAACGAUAUGUGGCCUCCCGUGGCCAUUCUGGACGAGGGCGCGCUGGAAAAGAUCUACGCCGCGUUUCCGGAGAAAGAGCCAUCCUUCGCCGACUAUUGGAUUAAAACUCUCGAGGUCAUUGGCGGGAUGGACAGAACGCCGGAAUACUGCAAGGCGCUGUCGCUACCAAGCAACAACUUCCCGGACUACGCUGGCUACGACUACGUCACCAACAGCGUGAGAACGGCGAUCGGUGCCGUCGCAGCGCCCGCCUACUACAGCAACGGCACGAAGGGCAUGCUGUACGGUGGCCUUCUCUUCCUCAUGGCCACGCAGAUGGUCAAGGCUAUCGACGACGAAGGCAUCAGGUGGCUCCCCGACGGGACCGGAGCGGAUGCCACCAUCUUGUCCGGUCGUACUCUGCAAGCGUUCCGAGAUCGGUCAGAGUGCCCCCACGGCGGGAAUAGUAGGACCGUGUUUCCAGAGGUGCCGGCACUCGAGGUAGCUCACGCCGCCUUAACGGCGUCGCACCAUGCGGACCAGACCGAACCUCUGGCGCUCUCAAAUCAGCUACCCGAAGAGAAGGUCUUCUUCAUGACCCUUUGCUACAUGUCGUGCAGCAAGCCCGCUAGGAGGCCCGGCUUUCUGGCAGACUGCAAUAAGGCGCGGCGCGAUAGCGUGCAGUACGAGUCGGCUGCAUUCGCGUACGCCUCGCCAACUCGCGGGUAG